CAUUGAUUCCGUAGGAGGCUUCGCUUUUUUUUAUUUCGCACGGAAAAUCUUAAAAGAAAAACUCUGUAUAGAAGUCAAUAGGCAAAAAACGAGAUGUCCAGCUUUUCGCCAAACCAACUGCGCCAGUGCACCCGUUUCACCGGCACGCCUUGCACACCGGACAGGGAGCAGCAGCUGCGGGAUCAAAUCCACAGCGAGCUGGCCAAGAUCAAGUACUGCGCCAAUCCCACCUACGAGUGCAGUCUGUUGCGGAUUGAGGGCUACGAAUACUGCAUCCGGCACAUAUUGCGCGACCCGCGCGCCAACUACCGCCAGUGCUCGCACGUCUACUCGAACGGGAGGAAGUGCAUCAAUGCGGUGGCCAAGUACGACAACAAGAAGGAGCAGAUACUGACCACCUUGUGCUUCGAGCACAACCGCCAGUCGCAGCUGCAAAAAACCCAUCAGAAUGUGGGACGCAUUCGCAGUCGCGUGGAGACCAACGAGACCCUGCUGCACAGCCUCUCGUCCCACAUCAAUGUGGAUGACAUCAAGCCGGAGGUUCCCAAAACCGAACCCCAUGAUGAUGAUGAAAUCGAUGUGGUCUCGCCCCAUGUAACUCCAUUUGUCACCCAAGAUCACCGAAAUACCAUUGGCCACGUUGUGGAUAGCUCACGCAAGCGUCGCCGCAUUCUGGAUUAUGCUUCUGAUAGUUCCAGCAACGACGAGGAUCCACCUUGUCUCAGGAACACCGCCCAGGACAUAGAGUUUUACGAAUCAGACUACGAGAGCGUUGAUUCUGAAGAUGAUGAUCCUCUAAAACAUGCUGGUGUCUAUACACGUGCAGAGGCUGUUAGGAUUGCCGAGACCAAGUUGAUUAAGCUUCAGGGCCUUUAUCGCGAGCAGAUUUCCCAUCUGCAGAGUGUACUGAAGCAGCGACGUCGCAAGUACUUGCACGACAUACGUCGCGAACGAGAGCUGUAUUGUAGCAUCCAUGACCAGCUGAAGGAAACGCCGCACGAGCGGAAGCUGUACGAACAGCUAAAGGCGCUGAACAGCUACCAUCGUCGCCAGGGCAUGGAGGCUGUGCUCUACAAGAAACUAAAGGAAAAGCGCGCCCGAGACACCUUGUAUGCAUCGAAGUCGUCGAGCAACCCAAAGUGCGUCUUCACCGAGGGCGGUGUCAAGUGCGGCGAGCGAACGCUGCCCUGCUGCAAGCACUGCCGCAAGCACAUUCUGGAGGACAAGCGCCAGGUCCUGUUCCGGGCAUGCGGCGUGGAACGCAGUGGGGUGGUCUGCCAGGAGCCGGUGGCCAGCAUACUUGAAGACUCCAGUUGCGUACUGCACCUGACAGUGGCGCCGGCUAAGCGCCAGUAUAUACAAAAGUUUUAUGAACUUCCAAGCACUCCGCCGCUAGAAAGUAUUUUCGCAGCAGGCCGUGGUCUCGAUAAUUUUGUCGCAGAAGACCCACAAAUUGAUCCGCACGCGGAAGGCGAUGAUCUGUUGGAUUUUGCAAGUGGUAUAUUCGAGUUUGAUCUCGACACGGCCGAUGAUCUGGCGAACUCCAUCGAGGAUGAGUGCGCCAUGUUUCUUGACAUGGACAGUGACCUGGGCUUGGCCAUUGAGGAGCGCAGUGUGGACAGUGCCCGUGUAGAUUUUGGCUACGAACACGAAGCCAAAGAAGUAUUAAACUCAAGAUCGUUUAAUACUUCUUCCGCUGAAAGUCAAGACCAAGAAAAACUCAUCGCAAGCCAGCUAGGUUUGGAUGAAUCCCACGUGCCCGACAGUAGCGAACUUAAUUUUGAAAUCGACGAGUCUGACAGAACUGUUAACGAAGUAUUGAAAAUGCUCGAAGGCAUCGAGCAAAUGCCCUGGUUUGAUGCCCUAAUGAACUAGUUCGAUAUUAUAGUAAAUGUAAUGACCUUCAACCCUAACCAUAAUCCAAACACUAGUUUUCUGU